AUGUCUGCGCUGAAUCUGGCGAGUCAUUUCGGACAUGCUGAGAUUGUGGAGAUGCUCAUCGCUGCUGGGGCGGAUGUUGAGGCGAGGAGCGAUGACCCAGAGGGCUGCACGCCGCUUAUGUCGGCUGCGUGUGCGGACGAGGCGGAGGUGGUCAAGAAGCUGAUAGAACAUGGUGCGGAUUUACACGCUAUCGCCGCCGAUGGGAAUAGUGUGCUUGAUGUUGCGCUGUUGCAUCGAUGCCCGGAGGCUGUAGGCGUCCUGCUGGAAGCCAUUGGAGGCGAGGAGUAUCCGAAGGAAAGCGUAGCCGUGCAAUUCGCCAUGGCCAGAGAGCACGCCACGGUCAAGGCGCUGAUGGCCACCGCCUCAGUCAUGUACUCGUAUAUGGAGGUGCAAGAGGGCGAGCCUAACAAGCACGCCUGGAUUGGCUGGGUUCUGAAGCAAGGCGGAACUUUAGUAGAACGGUUGGCCAUGGCGAAGAUGCUGCGUGCUGCGCUAGAAAAGCAUGAUGUCGACAUGGUAAAGGCCGUGGUUCAUCACGGCUGCGACGUGAACCGCAGGCUGGAGUCUGGUACGACGCCCUUGGGAAUGGCAGUGACCAAACGCUACCUCGAUAUCGUGCAGGUCCUGCUCGAAGCCGGGGCUGAUCCAAAUCAAGCCAUGAGUGAGUCGGGCAAGCGCAAAGGGCCGGGAAUGACACCUUUCGAUUACGCAGUCGUCAACAUGAGAGACAAGAAUGAUGAGCAACUGGUAACCACACUGCUCAACUCUGGCCGCUGCCGUAUCAACCAAGGAGUCGAUCUUAACUGGACGGCAUUUUCCUUCGUUCUCGGACAAACCAAAGACCCCUCAAGAGCCUGGAAUGCCGCGCCUGAUCUCGCAGAACAGAUGGUCAUGUCGAUAGAAAGUGUGGACGAAGACCGCGACGCCAACGGAUUCACGCUCCUGCACGUGGCAACGCACCACCAAGAUCUGCGCAUGAUCGACUUGCUGCUCGAUCGCGGGGCAGACAUCGAAGCCAAAGCCAACGGUGGGGUGACGCCCUUCUUCUUGGCUUGUGAACAUGACCCAUACUUCGGCUUGCAAUUGAUACGACGAGGAGCCAACCUCAAAGCAAAGACCCACGAAACCAAUGCAAGCGCCCUGCACGUAAUGGCCGCCAAAGGCCGAAGCUUCUGCCCUCCUUUGAUCGAGAUGGGUUUGGACAUCAACGAGCAGACGUUGAAAGGCCACACGCCACUCGCAUGCGCUCUGAGCUGGGGACACGAGGCGCUUGCGCUGACGCUGAUGGAAGAAGGCGCUCAUGUGAACUGGAAGACCGACAGGAACCACACUGCCCUGCAUUUUGCCGCCCGCAAUGGGCUGAACAAUGUUUUAGCGAAGAUUCUGGAGCAAGAAAUCGACGUCAACGCCGCGGAUACCAGGGGAUGGCUCAGCCUGCACGAAGCCUGCGCGAGUGGCAACACGGCCGUCGUUGCUCAGCUCCUGGACGCAGGUGCCGAUAUCGAGCGCCCUCUUCCCGACGGCAAUCGGCCCCUCCACUGUGCUCUCAUCAACGAGAAGGAGGAUAUUGCACUCUUGCUGCUCGAGCGAGGAGCUGACUUCACGGCACUUGCAUCUAAGAAGCGAACGCCGUUACACUUGGCCGCUGACCACGAUCUUCCCCACGCGGCAGAUGCUCUGCUCUCGUUGACCGAAUGCUCCACGAUAGAGGCCGUAGACGACGAGACUUGGACACCCCUCUGCUCGAGCAGUCCUGCAAUCGCCGACAUGCUCAUAAGAGCAGGAGCCGACAUCCACUAUGCCGAUAAAGAUGGAUGGACGCCCCUCCAUCAAGCCGUGUGCUCAGGCGAUACGGGAGUUGCAGUGAGUCUAGUACACGCUGGUGCUAGUCUAGACGCGAGAACAACAGAUGAUGGCUUGACGGUGAGAGAACGGGCGGUCGACAUGUGGAGCUGGAGUGAAGCACGGCGGCUGGUCCGGCCCGGGUUGCUACGAAUGGCCGCAGCUCGGCGAGAGGGGAGACCAAGAAGGGAAGCUGCAGGUGGGGAGGAGGUAGAAGAGCCUGAAGAUUUGGGGGGUCCUUUUGAGGUGAUUGGCGGUGACUCGAUUCCUCCGUGA